AUGGCUGAAGAGAAACCGAAAAAGCCGGUAGGCAACGAGUUCACCAAACCCACUCCAAGAACCAUACCUGGUGAAGGAGCUGGUCCAGGCAUUCAUGGAGUCCAUGUGAAUGCUGCCAGAGAAAUGGUCUCAUUACAUACCCGGGGUAGACUUCCCCCAGGACACGGAGCACAACCAGCGGCAUCAACGUCCCAGUCGCCAACGAACUUUGCCAGUGCGUUUCCGGCUCCUUCCAAACAACCCCAGCGCCAGAAGCGUGACCAUGAAGUCAGCAUCCCUGCUAAGUCCCAUUCAGGAGACUGUCAUAACCCCCAGUGUGAACACUGUGGGCAGGUGAUCAUCCCAGCACCCAGUGCAUCGUUUCCCAUACAAGACAAGCCAUCGAUAACCAUAAACGACUGGAGCAUAUACACCAUCAAAAAGCCCAUUUUGAAUUCGGCCGAAUUGGACUACCUCAGUGAGAACAAGUUUGACUUCCCGUUGCCCGAGAUGAUCUUUGGAAAUAAUGUGGUCAAGUUGGUCAAUGACAAGACAGGAGAAACUAUCGAAUUCGACGCCGUAUCUGCGCUAGACUCGCUUGACCCCGAUUGCAAACUCAAGGUGAGCUACCAUCAAGAGUGGUUGAGUUCUAGAAGAUCCAAGAUGUCAUCGUCAUCGGAGAAGUCGGAGAAGGCGUUGAAGGAGAACUCGAACAAAGAUAUCGCCAAGCUCACCGAGAAUUUGGAUACUAUGAAACCCUAUGACUGGACCUAUUCUACUAAUUACAAAGGGGUAACCAAAAAUAUGACCCUCAAACCAACAAAAGAACAAAUUCCCAUAAAGAAACUUUUGAAUCCCGAUCCCAUCUUGUUCUUCGAUGAGUCCAUAUUGUUCGAGGACGAGUUAGGCGAUAAUGGCAUAUCUAUGUUGUCCACGAAAAUCAGAGUCAUGCCCACAUGCUUAUUGUUGUUAUGUCGUUUCUUCUUAAGAAUUGAUGAUGUGAUUUUCAGAAUUAGAGAUACAAGGGUAUAUAUCGAUUUGGAAUCAAACUUAGUUUUGCGGGAAUACAAGGAGCAAGAGUACCCAUAUGAUGAUUUGUUGAAAAAGGUGGCCCAUAAAGCUUAUACCACCAUGGAUCCUAAAAAGUUGCUUAGAGAUACAAAUUGGGUGUCUCAAAAUAUUCCGGUGAUAAGCACCCAAGUUGAAUCGAACCAGGAACAGAACCAGGCUAGCUAG